AUGGUUGUUUUCUAUCUUGAUAAUUUGGAAAUUUUUUUUCCAUAUGAUUAUAUAUAUCCUGAACAAUAUGCAUACAUGAAAUAUUUGAAAAAAACCUUAGAUAGUGAAGGGCAUUGUGUUUUGGAAAUGCCUACAGGGACUGGAAAAACUGUGGCAAUUUUUUCGCUUAUAACUUCAUAUCAGUAUUAUAAAAAUGAUAAUAGUAAAUUUAUUUUUUGCACACGUACUGUUGCAGAAAUGGAAAAAUCAUUAAUUGAAUUAAAAAAGGUUAUUAAUUAUAGAAUAAAUAUAAUAAAAAAAUGCAAUGAAUUAUCAAAAAAAAUUUCAAAGAGUAAUAUAAAAGAAGAUAAUGAUGUGAUAAAAAAUGAAAAUAAUGAUGAAAAAGAAACGAAUAUAAUAAAUGAAGAAGUUGAUAAUAUAUCAAAUGGAUUUGGUAAUAAUAGUGAAAUAUUAGCAAUAGGAAUUAGCGCAAGGCGUUGUAUGUGUGUAAAUGAAAAAGUUUUAUUAAAACAUGAAAGGGAAAAGAUUGAUGAAGAAUGUCGUAAAUUAACAGCUACAUUUAUUAGAGAAAAAAAAUAUAUAAGUAAAAAAUUAAAUAAUUAUUCUAAUAGUAAUAUUGAUAAAAUAUCUGAUUUUAUAAUAAAAAAUAAACAUCAUAUAGAUAUGGAGGAUUAUUUUAGUAUUUACAAUUCUAAAAAUAGUAUUAGUGAAUAUAAUGAUUUAGGUUUAUGUGGUUAUUUUGAAAAUUAUAAAAAAGAUUUUGUAUAUGAGUUAAUUGAACCUGGUGUAUAUACUAUUGAAGAACUAAAAGAAUUAUGCAAAAAUUAUAAAAAUCGUGAAAAUAUAAAUACUCCAAUUUGUCCAUAUUUUUGUGCAAAGAAAAUUAUAGAAAUAGCAAAAGUUAUUGUAUUAAAUUAUCAAUAUAUCAUUGAUCCUAAGGUUUCAAAAUCAAUAUUUUUAGGAAAAGAUAUAAAUAAUAGAGUUAAUUAUAAAAAAAAUGAUAUAAUUGUAUUUGACGAAGCUCACAAUAUAGACAGUGUGUGCUUAGAAGCAUUAAGUGUUAAUAUUGAUCGGUCUAUAUUGAAUAAAGCUUCAAUGAAUAUUACAACUUUGUUUAAAAAAAUUGAAAAAUCAAGGAUUUUAAAUGAAAAUAAAUUGAAAGAAGAAUGUUACAAUAUAUUAAAGAAAAUAAAAUCCGGAAAGGAAGCAUCUAAUUCAAAGUUAAAUAAAAAUGAAGAAGAAAUGGAAUCAAAAAAUGGCGCUGAUAAAAAAUUUAUCGAAAAUAAAGAAUACAUAUUUCCGCAAUUAAGUAAUGGCAAGGAUAAAAAUGAUGAUAAAAAUAAAAAAAAUCAGAAAGAUGAAGCAUACUUUGAUGAAGAAAUGAAUUUAGUGUUUAAAGAACUUUUAGAGGAAGAAAUGAAUUAUAAUGAGUCGAAUAAAAAUGGAAAAACAAAUGAUGAUGUUGAAAAGCUUAGUGAUAAAAUAAUUAUAGAUGAUUUGAAAAAAAUAUUAAAUAUUAAUAAUAAUGAAAAAAAUGAUUUAAAGAAUAAAGAUAAAUCCAAUUUAGAGGAAAUAAAUUAUAGUCCACUUUUAAUGGAGGAUAUUAUAAAAAAUGUAGUAAUGCCAGGAAAUAUAAGAAAAUCAGAACAUUUUUUAAAUUUGAUGAGAAUAAUAGUAGUUUAUUUGAAAAAAUAUAUAAAUAUAUAUGAAGUAACUUCUGAAGGGCCAUUAUCAUUUUUAUAUAAAUGUGAAAAAGAUACAAAAUUAGAUACAUCUUUUUUUAAAUAUAGUUUUGAUAGAUUAAAAAGUUUGUUGAACACAUUACAAGUAGUAGACACUGAUGAUUAUUCUGCAUUAAAUAUAGUAUGUAAUUUUUGUACAUUAAUUGGCAAUUAUUUUAAAGGAUUUAUAAUAAUAUGUGAACCAUAUCCAGAAGCAACAGGUAUAUAUGACCCAGUAAUACAAUUUGCAUGUUUAGAUUCAUCAAUUGCAAUGAAAUCUGUAUUAAAUAGAUACAAAUCAAUUGUAUUAACAAGUGGUACUAUUACCCCCCUUGAGCUUUAUCCUAAGUUAUUAAAUUUUAGUACAGUUUUAACAGCAUCAUUUCCUAUGUCAUUUGACAGAACUUGUGUAUGCCCCCUUAUUGUAACAAAGAGUUCUGAUUUGAUUCCAUUAUCGUCUCAAUAUUCACUUCGUAAUGAUUUAAAUGUAAUUAAAAAUUAUGGUUUUUUAUUAGUUGAAAUGUGUAAAAAUAUACCAGAUGGUAUAAUUUCUUAUUUUCCAUCAUAUAUAUACAUGGAACAUGUUAUGUCAACAUGGUAUGAAUUAGGAAUAAUAUCAAAUAUAUUAGAAUAUAAAUUAAUAUUUAUAGAAACAAAAGAUAUAGUUUCAACAACAAUUGCAUUACAUAAUUUCAAAAAAGCAUGUGAUUUGGGAAAAGGUGCAGUUUUUUUAUCUAUUUGUCGAGGAAAAAUAGCAGAAGGAAUUGAUUUUGAUAAGCAUUAUGGAAAAUGUGUGAUUUUAUUUGGUAUACCAUAUCAAUAUACAUUGUCUAGAAUCUUAAAAGCUAGACUUGAUUUUUUAAAAGAAACAUAUAAUAUACAAGAAAAUGAAUUUUUAACUUUCGAUGCAAUGAGGCAAGCUUCCCAGUGCGUGGGAAGAAUUAUAAGAAAUAAAAAAGAUUAUGGUAUUAUGAUUUUUUCAGAUAUUAGAUAUACAAGAAAUGAUAAAAAAAGUAAAUUACCACCAUGGAUUAUUAAAUGUAUGGAUAUAUCGAAUACAAAUUUAACUAUUGGGGCAAGUGUAAAUAUUUCUAAAAAGUUCCUUCUUAAUAUGUCUCAAGAAUAUAAAGAAACUGAUCAAACAAAAAUAUCACAAGUGAUUUUACAGAACCCCAUAAAAUGUUGGGAAAUAGUUAAAUCAAUUCUUAAUAUGGAUGAUUUUAUUUGA